UAUAACGUGGUCCAUCACGUCGCGGUCAACCAUUGCGUUCAAGCAGCAAAGAACCAAAAGAAUCCAGUGAGACUCUGUUUCCUGAGUUGCGUUCUUGCGAUCUACGAAAUGCAGAGCAUAGUUCUUUCUUUCUCCCCUUUGCUUUCUCUCCGCAAACUUCACACCACUCUCUCUCCUUCCACUGCCAAACCCAACCGCAUUCUCACUUUCUCUUCCUCUUUCUCUUCAUUCCCAUGUCAACGCUCUUCUCCUUCUUUUUUCAAACUUGCUCGCUCUCCUCGCUUGCUCCAUGCCGGACCAACCUCCGUCCCGGAGGGCAGUGCCGCCGAGUUCUCUGGGGGCAACAGGCUGCUCAACAUUCUGGAAAUGGGUUCCCUGUUUGCGUUCUGGAUCCUCUUCAACAUCUACUUCAACAUCUAUAACAAACAGGUCUUGAAAGUUUACCAUUUCCCUUUAACCGUUAGCACGAUUCAGUUUGCCAUUGGGACUCUCCUCGUAGCGUUCAUGUGGGGUUUUAAUCUCUACAAGAGGCCAAGACUCUGUGGCGCGCAGCUUGCAGCCAUAUGGCCACUGGCUGUGGUUCACACUUUAGGGAAUCUUUUUACUAACAUGAGUCUUGGGAUGGUUGCUGUGUCUUUUACUCACACAAUAAAAGCUAUGGAGCCUUUUUUUUCAGUGCUCCUUUCUGCCAUGUUUCUUGGAGAGAAUCCUACUGCAUGGGUGGUUGGUUCCCUUGUGCCUGUUGUUGGUGGGGUAGCGCUAGCAUCUGCUACCGAGGCCUCUUUCAAUUGGGCUGGAUUUUGGAGUGCAAUGGCUUCCAAUUUGACAAAUCAAUCUCGUAAUGUUCUUAGCAAAAAGCUUAUGGUUAACAUGGAGGAAUCUAUGGACAACAUAACUCUCUUCUCAAUAAUAACAGUUAUGUCCUUCUUGAUAUCAGCACCUCUAACUUUGUUAAUAGAGGGUGUUAAAUUUACCCCUACUUACCUGCAAACUUCUGGAUUAAAUGUUAACGAAUUGUGCAUCAGAUCUCUUCUAGCUGCGCUAUGUUACCAUGCCUAUCAGCAAGUUGCGUAUAUGAUACUGCAGAAGGUGUCACCUGUUACCCACUCUGUAGGAAAUUGUGUGAAAAGGGUUGUGGUGAUCGUGAGCUCGGUCAUCUUCUUCCGAACUCCAGUAUCACCAAUUAACGCACUUGGCACUGCUAUAGCUCUUGCUGGUGUUUUCCUGUAUUCCAGGGUGAAGCGACUCAAGUCAAAGACGAUCUAGUUAUCAGUUGCAAGAGAAAUCUGGUAAUUAGAUUUCUGAAAAUUUCUUAGUAGGUUAGAUAGGAAUUGAGGGUUCUUGAUCCCUCACGUUUUUUUGCUAGUUAGGUCCCCGAUUUUAUUGUACAUGUCUGAGUGAGAUGAUUUUAUCAACGCUUCAACUUUUAUCACAUCCUCUUAAGUAAUUGUAUACUUUUGAUACUGAAUUCCAAAAAUGUAAAAUGUAGAAACUUCAUUUGAAUCUGAAAUAGAAUUCUAUAUCUGAGAUAUGA